UCCUCCUUCUCCCCUAUCCAGAGCGAAGACUCCGAUGAGGAUGAGCCUUGUGCCAUCAGUGGCCGAUGGACCUUCCAGAGGGACAGUAAGCGCUGGUCCCGUAUGGAGGAGCUGGAGGUUUUUUCCUCACUGCCCUCAGACGCUGCCCAACCCCCUUUCCCAAAGGACCAAGUAUCCCAGAAGGGCAAGCUCGCCCUCCGUGAAGGCAAUAGUUCGGAGAGUGUGCUGACCGACCUCAGCGAACAGCCUGAAGUUGGCUCCAUCCACAGCAGUGGGAGUGGUGGCAGAGGAGAAGAGAAGAGCCAUGGAGCUGCCCUGACAAGUGAAACUUUACCUGCCGGCGCUACUCGUGCAAGCUCUGUAGCUAGCAUGUGUUCUUCCUCGGGCACAGGCGGGUCAGGAUGCGCAAAUGAGGACUCCCUGUCUGAUGGGAUGCCUCCAUCACCUCUGGAGACACUCGGACAGUUCACCUUUGAUGUGAAAACAGGCAUGGGGGGACUGGGAGGAAGUCUUGACAGAGGAGGUGGCAGCGGCAAAAGCACACGCUCAAGAGCGAAGAGCUUCCUCAAGAGGAUGGAGAGUCUACGGCUGCGUAGCGGCACCACCUCCAAGAGAAAGAAGAAGGGGAGCACAAGUGGAGGGAAGAUAGAAAUCAGUGGCCCUGUCAUCAAAGAGGGUCUGGAUGAUGACAAGCUGCGGAGGCUCAAUUGUGUAGACAUCUCCAGUAUCAACCUCAACCAGAACCUCAAUCACCACCGCAAUCCCACUCAGACUAUGACACUUAACCGCAAUCGCUCUGUGUCCUACUCCACUCAGACCAGCAACGGCAGCACUGGAAGUACUGGGAGCAGCCAGUCUGAAGCCAGCAGUGGAAGUGCAGUGAGCACUCCAAGCCCAGUGACUCGCGCUCGCAGCCACAGCACAGCAGCUGGCUCCAGUAAGAGAGGAGGAAUGUAUUUGGAGGGUUUCGAUCCUUUCAGCAUUCCCCAACAAGCUGCAGAUCUACAGCCAACACCACCACCCAAAUCUGCCCCACCCAUCCCCUGCCAAGCCAGUAAUGGGAUGACAGUGGAUGAGCAGAACCGCAGGAACAACUGCAGUGUUCGAGACAAUAGCAGACAAGCUGAAGAAGAAGAAGAAGAAGAAGAGGAGGAAGAGGAGGGCAUGAUCUUCUUCUACUUACCAGAAGGUCACAAGCCUGGAACCUUCCCCAAAGCCCUGCAGGACGGGAGUUCACGCAAUAACAACGGGAAUGAUAAUGGGAACUCAGUGAUCCUCAGGGGGCGGCAAAGUCGACGCCAGCGGCGUUGCUCCUCAGGCUCUGUCGACAGCCGGCUCAGUUUUUAUGACAACGUCCCCUACACUGAGAGGGAGGAGGAGGAAGACAGGGAAGAGGGGGAUGAACGCAAACUGGAGCAAGUGCUGCAACAUGUCAGCGGCCUGCAGCGGUUUGUUAAUGCAUGGUCAGAGGCGGUGGCUGGUGAAGAGGAAGAAGAGGAGGAGGACGAAGAGGAAGAGGGAGACUCAGAUUCAGCACUGGACUCAGCCUCCCCUUGUCCGUCCUCCCCUCUGCAAAACCGGCUGGAGGAGACGGAGAACGGGAGUGAUCAAGACAGCACAGGAAACCCGCUGGGAGAGGGAGAGGAAGGGAUGAGGGAGCGAAGAGAUUCUGGUGUUGGGGCAUCUCUAACCAGAACCAGCAGACCACAGAAAUUGCGUUGGCCGAGCUUCCAGAACUCCCAUCGGCCCAGUUUGGCAUCGGCCCAGCUCCAGAUUAGCUGCCAGUCUGUGCUACAGAUGAAUCUACUCCAGAAGCUCUCCCUGCUGCAGCUCACUGCUCUGCUGGAGAGACACACCCCGACAAAUAAACAUGGCUUCAGCUGGGCUGUGCCAAAGUUUAUGAAGCGGAUCAAAGUGCGCGACUAUAAAGACAGGAAUGUGUUCGGUGUGCCGCUACAAGUCAUCGUCCAGCGGACAGGCCAGCCCCUCCCUCAGGGCAUUCAGCAGGCCAUGCGCUAUUUACGCAACCAGUGCCUGGACCAGGUGGGCCUUUUCAGGAAAUCCGGCGUUAAAUCUCGUAUCCAGGCUCUUCGUCAGAUGAACGAGGCGAGUGGCGCAGACGGAGGGGGCGUCAACUACGAGGGCCAGUCGGCAUAUGACGUCGCAGACAUGCUAAAGCAGUACUUCAGAGAUCUGCCAGAACCCCUGCUCACCAGCAAACUGUCUGAGACCUUCCUCCAGAUUUACCAGUACAUGCCUAAGGAGCUGCGUCUGCAGGCAGCGCGUGCCGCUGUGCUGCUGCUGCCCGACGAGAACCGCGAGGCUCUGCGGACACUGCUGUGUCUGCUGAGCGACGUGACGGCCAGCGUGUCUGAGAACCAGAUGACUCCCACCAACCUGGCUGUUUGCCUGGCGCCAUCCCUCUUCCACCUCAACACCCUGCGCCGCAAGGAAAGCUCCUCGCCAAGGGUGAUGAACAGGAAACAGAUACUGGGAAAGCCAGACCAGAGAGACCUGAAUGAGAACCUGGCUGCCACUCACGGCCUGGCACACAUGAUCCAGGAGUGCAGCAAACUCUUCCGGAUCCCAGAGGAGAUGAGUCGCUGCAGGAACUCUUAUGUGGAGCAGGCGCUGCUGCCACGACGCCUGGAAGAGCUCGCUGGUGAAGAGGCCGGGCAGGGAGGUUACAGGGCCUUCCUCCAGGACAGCCUGGACGCCCUCCUCAAAGACGCCAAGGACAAGUUUAAAGGUUACGACAGCUGCUCCACGCCCGAGCACGCAGAGCUGGCCUGUAGGAAGGUGCAUGAUGGCUUUCCUCUGCGGCUGUGGAAGGUGACCGUGGAGGUGCCUGCGGGUCCUGAGGAGGUUUUGACACGAGUGCUGCGGGAGCAGGGCUACUGGGACGAGGACUUGCUCGAGAGCCGGGUGGUUGAGACCCUGGACGAGAGGACGGAGGUCUACCAGUACGUCAGGAACACUAUGGCUCCACAUCCCACCAGAGACCACCUCGUGCUCAGAACGUGGGUAACAGACCUGCCAAAAGGAGCGUGUGCACUGGUGUGUACGUCUGUGGACCAUGAAGGAGUGCCUGUUGUUGGUGUUCGGGCAAAUGUCCUCACCUCACGCUACUUCAUUGAGCCCUGUGGAACCAACAAAUCCAGACUCACACAUAUUUCUAGGAUCGACUGCAGGGGUCGUUUCCCAGAGUGGUACAAUAAACUGUAUGGACACUUGUGCGCCACCGAGGUUGCACGGAUACGUGACUCAUUCACCGUGCCCAUGGACAAAUGAGAAAGCAAUGUGCAAUUUGGGCACGACAGACUUGACAGCUUCUUUGGACCAUAAUUUAGAUCCUACAGAGGACUCAAAAUGACUCAUUCCACCCAUUCCAUCAGAGAGGGCGAUGGGGUCCAAACCUCUUUACACUCACAAUUAAUGGACAAAUCCUGGAUCCUGGAUUGAAGGACUUUUUGUGUUUUUGCUCUGAUUUUGUUACAACAGACUGAUGUUAUUGUCUAAAACUGUUCUGUUGGGGCUUUCAGUGUGCUCCCGAGAGGACUCGUGUCAUACAAACAUUUCUCCGGGCCAAAGGACAUGAUGUCACUGAUACAGGAUGUGAGAUUUAUCCAAACGGUGCUACUGCUUCUGAGAAGCAAAGUGGGGUGUGUGAGUGUGUGUGCAUGAGUGUUCAAAGCAACAAACAGUUAAUUAAUACAUAUUCCUCACACUGGUUUUCCAGUGGCAGCAUAAUGUGUACAUACAGUAUUCUGUUCACAGUAAUGGUUUAUGUGUGUCUUGUGUUACCUCUGUCUCUUUUUUCUGUUACAGUAAGGCACAGGAGGAACAGUAGAGAAUAUUAUGGUCAGCUGAUUGAUUAAUCCAUGGGUGAAGAAAGAUGUGAAUGUGUUAGGAACAUGCAGACUGAGCAGAGACAACAGACGGGAUAUAGUGAGAUGACAGGUGGCUGAUAGCAUAGAGGGUUUUAGUGCUUAGAAAGGCAGAGACAGAUGAGAAUCGGUGGCUGGCUCACCAAAAAGAGAAGUAAGGAUCAAAGAAAUGGCCUCAUUUACUAACAUACAAAUAAGAUGUCCUCUCAUUUUGUUCUUGAAGACACGGACAGAAUAAGUCACUGUGCCGGGAACCAGUCACAAGUGCAAAAAGGCAAUUUUUGAAUAACAGUAAGAGCUCAUCAGUAGCUGUUUCUGACUGAGGCUCAGUGUUAGAGAUGGGGAAUGUUGCUUAUUUAACAGGAUUUAAGAUUUAAGAUGAAUAGAUCUACAGCAAUGGACCAAAUUUGGAAAAAAGCUAAAAUAAGUACUGAGCUUUUCCUCCUAUAUUAAAAAAGCUAAUGAUAGUGUUGUUAAGUGCACACGCAGUCAGUUGUUAUAGGCCGAACUUCACUUACAUAUACACGUUGAUAAAAAUUACUGAUUUCACAAUAAUCCUGAUGUACAUGAGAACAGAAAAAACAAUGCACUGUUCCAACCUGCAACCUCUGGCUAGUCCUAUAAAAGAUGAGUAAAGAGAGAAAACAUGGUCCUUUUAUAAAGGUGGAGAUUUUACAGGUUUUACUGUAAAGAAGAGGGCAGACUGAAUGUUUGUGUGAUUUCAAAGGAAGGAAAACGAUCUUUUGUGUAAGCUUCUUUCUCCGUACUGUCUUCUUCAGUGUUAAAAAAGAAGUAAGAGAUUUAGGUUCCUUGAAACCUUCUUUACUCAUAACACUCACGCUUCAAUCUGAGGGCGCACAUUUUUUUCUGUGUUGAGUUGUGUGAUUAAUUCGCUAAGCCAUUGUUCAUAUCGUAAAUGUCUGUACUUUUAACUGUGUCUCUGCCAAAUAAUAACGCAUGACAAUGACAGUUAAUUUAAAACAAAUAUAUUUAUACCUCAGAUAUAUGUUUGUUUUGUAUCAUACCAUUUUAUUUUAUUUUAUUGUAAAUGUUAAGCUUUAUGUUACAGAAAUGAACAAAUGUUUUAUCUUUUUUAUUAAUAUUAUUUCUGUACAGGUUAAUCAAAGUGCACUAUUAAAUGUAUUAAAAUAAA